UUUUAAGCAGUCUUCAUCACCGCCACUAGGUGGCAGCAGUGGGCUUGAAGAUGGUUUGAAACUCCAUCGAAGAAGAAAAGAGAGGAAGUUUUGCAUCGCUGGCGUAAACAACAGCUAGUCUGAAACAUUUAAAAAUGUUGAAAAAGUUAGUAAAUGAGCGACUAAUGGCGGCGGCCGAUGAAAUAUUCGCGCUGUUUGAAAGAACGAUAGCGUCGUACGAGGAGGAACUUUCUCGAACAAGAGAGAAGGAGCGACAUCGACAACAACAGGAAGCUAGCAAGACAGCAACUGUGCUACACGUCGAUGACAUCCAGCAGCUGAUUGGUCAUCAAGAAGGACUUCCUCCUCAGUCGCAGGGGGAAAUCUUCACCUUGGAACAGUUGGAUUCGCAGCCAACCCACUUUAAAGAGGAAGAGGAGGAACCUUGGAUCACCCAGGAGAGAGAGUGUCUUCCAGAGCCGGAGGAGGCUGAUCUCACCAAGUUCCCACUGACUGGUGUCCCUGUAAAGACCGAAGAUCAUGAAGACGGACUAGAAGCAGACAAACUCUUAGCUCCAGUAUCAGAGAGUGACGACACAGUGUCUCGCUAUCCUGAGGAGGAAGACAGGAACGAAAGCCAAGAAGAACCGCUAAGCAGCGAUACAUACUAUGAAGGAGAUAUGAGGACUCACGACAACAAACACUCCCAAAAGAAGCCACCUCGAAACAACAAAAAAUGUGUGCAAACAUGCAAAAAACCUUAUGUUUGCCCAGUUUGUGGUAAAGGACUUUCUUAUAAACGCAAUAUGGAAGUACACAUGCGGACACACAAAGCAGAAAAGCCCUUCAGGUGCUCAGUUUGCGGUAAAAGAUUCUCUCAAAAGGUGCAUUUGGUUUCACAUAUGACAACGCAUACAGGAGAAAAACCCUUUGGCUGUUCAUUUUGCGGUAAAGGCUUUACUCAAAAAACACACAUGGUAUUACACCUGAGAACGCACACCGGAGAAAAACCAUUUCGGUGCUUAUACUGCGGCAAAAGAUUUACUCAAACAACACACAUGAAAUCACACUUGAGAACGCACACGGGGGAAAAGCCUUUUGGCUGCUUGGUUUGUGGCUAUACUUUUUCGCAGAUGGGCAAUUUGAAUAGACACAUGAGGACACACACAAGGGAUAAGCAUUUCAGCUGCUCAAUUUGUGGGGAAAAGUACACCUAUAAGACGAGUUUGACGUCACACAUGCGGACACACAAUAGAGAAAAACGUUUUAAUUGCUUAGUUUGUGAUAAAAGAUUCUCUCAAGAAUCAAAAAUGAUAGCACACAUGACAAUACAUGAAGAAGAAAAAUCUUCUUGUGGUUCAGUUAGUGAUAAAAGAGUUUCCAGAGCGGCAUGUAUACUACCAAAGGAAAGAACGCAAUCAGGGGAAAAGCCUUAUAAUUGCUAUAUAUGUGGCAAAAGUUAUACAGUAAAGGCAUCUUUGAUUGUACACCAAAGAACUCACACAGAAGAAAAAGCCUUUAAACUGUAAAGAUAUCCUGAUUUAAAAAAAAAAAACUUACACAGUAUACAUGUAUGCAAACACACAUGGGGGCGUAACGUGCUUGUCAGGUUCAAACACUGAUGACAUCUAUUAAACAAGACAAGAGGCAAAGAAUUAAACAGAGACAUAAUUCAAUUUGGACUCAAUAUUGAGGAGAGUCGUCUGUACACUGUACCCUUGUACAGUAUCUCAGCACGCUCUGCCAAAAGAUUGCACACCUUCUUUUAUUUUGGACCCUCCCUGACCACAUGGCCACCGCUGUUUCCAAAGGACAAAGGUCGCAAAAAGUUCACAGAAAAGGUCGUAAACAAUUCACAGAAAAGGUCAGUUCAAAAACAGUUCGUAAAAUAGUUCAAAAAGAGGUCCAUAAAAUAGUUCAAAAAAACGUUCGUAAAAUACUUCAAAGAGUGGUCCAGAAAGUAGUUCAAAAAGAGUUCGUCUGGAAAUUGGGCAGAUCCUGCCAUCUCUCCGCUUUGAAGAAAGAAAGAAAAAAGGGUGUUGUUGUAUUGUGCAGGUUUGAAAUAAAUACUUUAAAAAAGUCCUUGGGUUAGAACAAUAUCUUUCUGUUGAUUACCAUACAUGAAUCAUCUUGCCUUCUCCCUACACAGUGGAGUUUUACGAGCCUUACUCUUGGUAGGUUUCAAAGACAGCUUUUGUCUUCUCACCAGACCCUCAAUGUAACACAAAGUUUUUGUGAUCAUUUAGAAACAAUUAUUCUAACAGUGCUCCAGUUUGUGCUAAAAGAUUGUCAAAUCAGAUCCGCUGUGUGUAUUUGACAUUAGAUUCCCACGAGUUCCAAGUUACAUGGUGCCGUCAUAAAAUUGUUUGUUUGGUUUGUGUUGUGCAGCCUGAGGCAAAUAAAACUG